CCCGCGUUCAAUUCAACACCGUCGUCGAGAUUCGAUUUCGUGGGCAUCGCUGCAUCGUCACAUGCUGCGCCGUGCGACGUCAACAGGAAGACAGAGAGACGCGAAUUUAAACGGCCGCGACCCUCGAUCCUGUCACGUCGCGAGUCACGUGCGAUCACCGUCGUCGCGAGUCGCGCUUUCGUAGUGUACGGUAAGUUGCGCUCACUGGAAAAACAACGCACACGGAGCGCCGUCGAUUAGCGGACGCCCUAUAAAGAAAGGAAUUUACUCUCACAAAUACCGUUGUGUAAAUUGGAGAGAGCAAACACUCGCCUGGAAUUUGUGUGAGAGAAGGAAGCCUGUAAGAUUGAAAUGGCCAAACAGUUUGCUUAGCUUUACUUAACUUACAUGUUUCUCAAAUAAUAUUUCUCUUGCCCUCUUGUUCAUGUAUUUUAACGAUUGUGUAAUUAAAAUUAAUGCCAUUGAUACGAAAUAACAUGAUUAGUUUCAGCACCUGGGUGACAUUUUCUGACAUAAACACGUGAAACAGGUGUUUGUUUUUAUCAAUGAAACUGGAUCUGACAUGUCUUACACUGAAUUGGAACAUGGUUACCAAGGUCUCAGGAAUGCAACCAGACCGAUGUUCUACAUAGGCGACAUAAAUACAGUACAGCCGUCUGUUAUUUCGUCGAUCUAUCGUUCGUCACAACGACCCGAAUUAUCAGAAGGUACCCAAGAUGAUGCUUAUAUGGGUGGGAGUGAUGUGGAAGGAGAGGGAAAGCAAGUUCUGGUUGGGAUAUGCGCGAUGGCGAAGAAAUCACAGAGUAAACCGAUGAAAGAGAUUUUGACGAGACUCGAGGAAUUCGAGUAUAUAAAAAUUAUUGUUUUUCCAGAAGAAGUUAUAUUAAAGGAACCUGUAGAAAAUUGGCCUGUAGUCGACUGUUUGAUAAGUUUCCACAGUAAAGGCUUUCCCCUUGAUAAAGCUAUAAACUAUGCAAAUUUACGUAAACCGUUCAUCAUUAAUCAUCUUCCGAUGCAGUAUGAUAUUCAGGACCGGAGAAGAGUUUAUGCUAUACUAGAGAACGAAGGUAUCGAAAUUCCACGGUAUGCCGUUCUCGAUAGAGAUUCGCCAGAUCCGAAACAGCAUGAAUUGGUGGAGUCGGAAGAUCACGUGGAAGUGAACGGUAUUACAUUCAAUAAGCCAUUUGUAGAAAAACCAGUAUCCGCUGAAGAUCAUAAUAUCUAUAUUUACUAUCCCACUUCUGCUGGCGGAGGGAGUCAAAGAUUAUUUAGAAAAAUAGGUAGUCGCAGUAGCGUAUAUUCUCCAGAAUCUCGCGUUCGCAAGAGUGGUUCUUAUAUCUAUGAAGAUUUUAUGCCUACUGAUGGCACUGACGUUAAAGUCUAUACCGUGGGACCUGAUUACGCUCACGCCGAGGCAAGGAAGAGUCCUGCUCUCGACGGCAAAGUCGAAAGAGAUUCGGAGGGCAAGGAAAUUCGUUAUCCGGUGAUAUUGAACAAUGCCGAAAAACUUAUAAGUAGAAAAGUAUGUUUGGCCUUCAAGCAAACGGUGUGUGGCUUUGAUUUACUAAGAGCAAACGGUCAGUCAUUCGUGUGCGAUGUGAAUGGAUUUAGUUUUGUAAAGAACUCAAACAAGUAUUAUGAUGACUGUGCUAAGAUUUUAGGGAAUAUGAUACUCAGGGAACUGGCACCCACAUUACACAUUCCGUGGAGUGUUCCCUUUCAAUUGGAUGAUCCUCCUAUUGUGCCAACUACGUUCGGCAAAAUGAUGGAAUUGCGCUGCGUUGUAGCAGUUAUUAGACAUGGCGAUAGAACCCCAAAACAGAAGAUGAAAGUAGAAGUACGUCAUCCCAAAUUUUUUGAGAUAUUUGCAAAGUACGAUGGUUACAAGCAUGGUCAUGUGAAACUAAAGCGUCCUAAACAGUUGCAAGAGAUUCUUGAUACAGCGCGUAGUCUACUAACGGAAAUACAGCAUCGUGCGGCGGGACCCGAGUUGGAAGAAAAACAAGGGAAACUGGAACAACUUAAGAGUGUUUUAGAAAUGUAUGGACAUUUCUCUGGCAUAAAUCGUAAAGUCCAAUUAAAAUAUCAACCGCGAGGACGGCCGCGGGGGAGUUCUUCCGACGACGAUCGAUUAGGGGAACCCUCUCUCGUUUUGAUAUUGAAAUGGGGUGGGGAACUGACACCGGCUGGACGUAUUCAGGCGGAAGAGUUGGGACGCAUAUUCCGCUGCAUGUACCCUGGUGGUCAAGGUAGACACCUUAGUGAGGAAGAAUCAGAGAUGUUACCAAGCCACGGUGAAUACGCAGGUGCACAAGGAUUGGGUUUGUUACGUCUACACUCCACGUUUCGCCAUGACUUGAAAAUCUACGCUAGUGACGAGGGACGCGUUCAAAUGACUGCAGCAGCUUUCGCGAAAGGGUUGCUUGCACUGGAGGGAGAACUGACGCCUAUUUUGGUGCAAAUGGUGAAAAGCGCGAAUACCAAUGGCCUACUGGACAACGACUGUGAUAGUAGCAAGUAUCAGAAUAUGGUAAAAACACGUUUGCACGAGCUAUUGCAACAGGACAGAGAAUUUACUCGGGAAGAUCGGGAACAGAUCAAUCCGGGAAAUGCGUUGAGCAUUAAUGCCGCUUUAGAUUUUGUCAAGAAUCCAGUUCGAUGUUGCCAACACAUUCACGCUCUCAUCCAAAAACUUCUGGAUAUUGUGCGAAUUAAGAAAGAAGAUCCGAAGACGAAGGACACAAUACUUUAUCACGGUGAAACGUGGGAACUAAUGGGACGACGCUGGGGAAAGAUAGAAAAGGAUUUCUGCACGAAAAAUAAGCGUUUCGACAUAUCUAAAAUUCCUGACAUUUACGAUUGCAUAAAGUACGACCUGCAGCACAACAAUCAUACGUUGCAAUUUGAACACGCAGAAGAAUUGUACACGUACGCUAAAUCUUUAGCAGAUAUAGUAAUUCCUCAGGAAUACGGUUUGACGGUGCAAGAAAAGCUGACUAUCGGUCAGGGUAUAUGCACACCUUUGCUGAAAAAAAUACGUGCUGAUCUGCAACGAAAUAUCGAGGAAUCUGAAGAAACUGUCAAUAGGCUCAACCCUAGAUAUUCCCAUGGUGUCUCAAGUCCCGGCCGCCAUGUGCGUACGAGACUGUACUUCACAAGCGAGAGUCAUGUACAUUCCUUGUUAACCGUGUUGCGUUACGGUGGUUUACUCGAUGUGGUGAAGGACGAACAGUGGCGGCGCGCGAUGGAAUACGUCAGUAUGGUCUCAGAGUUGAAUUACAUGUCGCAAAUUGUUGUUAUGUUAUACGAGGACCCGACCAAGGAUCCAAGCAGCGAAGAGCGUUUUCACGUCGAGUUGCAUUUUAGUCCUGGUGUUAAUUGUUGCGUGCAGAAGAAUCUUCCGCCUGGUCCUGGCUUCAGACCACAUUCGCGCAACGAGAGCAGUCACAACGUGGGGGAGAGCGGUUCUGGCCAGGAUACUAGUUCACAAUGUAGUACCCGAAUAGAGGAGGAAGAUGCAGAAUUGGGUAUUAUCGAAGAUGAUCAGAUAAAUCCCACGGCGCAAGCUGAUACGCCUCCGCCAUUAAUGGAAACGGAUACUGUAGACUCUAUGUUGGACAGUCCAACGACCAGUCGUGGGAUCGAUAUGAUGGAUCUAGAUCCGAAUAUGAUGGAUGAACCGUAUGAUAGUGGUUUCUUACAGAGUUCGGCACCGAUUCCUAUCAGUGCCAGAACCGUGGCCGGACACGAAGCUGCUAGACUUAGCAGUCAAUUGGCGGCGAGUCAACGACAGCGGCGAAGCAAAGAAGCAGGGAUCAUAGAACCGCGCGCGCGAAGCUACGAUCAUCAGCGGCAAGAGAAGCCCGAGAAAGCUGCGGACAAGCUGCAGUAUCAGAGCUUGGACGCGGUCAACAACGAAGCCACGGAGCCAACUCCGGAGGAACCUCGCGAUAAAGAACGCAUGUGGAAUAAACCGGCGACGCUGCUGCAGUCGCACAGCUCGCCAGAGUUGCCGGUUUCGCCGGACGAGAGCUUCGCUUCCUCGUGCUCACUUCGUAAUGCGUGCAAUGAUAGACAGCUAUCCGCCAACCCUUGCUCGUUGCCCGAUCCGUCGUUCGCGACGUCUGUCAGCGGCCUGCCAGAGCGGACAACAACUGUCACCGGGCAUCGUAGCCGUCGCAGAAAGUAUGAACGAUCGUGCUCCGAAGUGACCCUGCUCUCAACUGUCGAACUCUGCGAGUGUCUAUCAGCGUCUGAGUUUCCACUCCCUGGCCCGUCCAGACACCCCUAUUUGUCCAAGCCUCAUUCCUCUUCUCCACCCCUAGACACGCGAUCGCGGAUCAUUCAACCUGAUCCUACCUGCACAGCAAGGCGCCACCGUCACAGUAUCUCCGGACAGAUGAGUUAUUUCAAGCUGUUGGGCUACAACGUCAGCAAGAAGCUCACUGGCUCGGCCAACAGCCUAUUCAGCACUGCCGUGAUAAGCGGCUCCUCAAGCGCGCCGAACCUAAAGGACAUGGUACCACCUCACGCAUCCGCGGUUGCAGCGAUAGAAGGCUUCGGUGGGGUGCCGCCCAUCAGGCCCUUAGAAACUCUGCACAACGCGCUGUCGUUACGUCAACUGGACUCAUUUUUGGAUAUGAUGACUACGGCGCCGUUGUACAGAACCCCGGCCUCGUCGCCUCCUAAGUCAUCGCCGGCCGGAUCGACACACGAGUCGCUCAAUCCGCCCCUCGUCCACGCGGGAAUCAGUCGCGAGUACCACUCUUCCGACACGGAAGCUAUCAGGUAUAUCACGCCGAUACAGUACAAGCCCCUUGGUGAAGCAGAAACGUGCGACAUUAGAAAUUUACCAUCACCUACUAGCCCGAACAGUACAGGAUGGAGUAGCGAGCCGCAGUCUUUUCUAUCCUCCGAGCCAUCGUCACCUGCGCCAACGUCGACAGGCGAAUGCAGUAUGUCUAUAAGUUUAAUCAGCAACGAGAGCGCUCAACUCUUUAUUGCGCCGAAAUUCUCCCCGACCUCUUGCCUGGACGUCGACUUUAACGAAUUUUGUAUUCGUCUCGAUCAAGAAAAUCGAGAAAGUCGCGGCAGCGUCUCAUAUACAGAUUAUUACAGCAACGAGGAUGGUCAGAUACGCAAAAUAACGCAAAUACCGCAAGUGAUGCAGUCAGCUGGCUGCAGCGGCGGCGCGCAUACGAAGCUCGUGUGUGGCGAUGAUCUUCCUUGCGACGAGGACGAGGAUCACACCUUGACUUUGAAACAGAGCGAGGAACAAAGAAAACAGGACGUUAAAUCGCUAUUCGAACAGAGGGACGACGUUAAUCCCGCGAAGCUAAGCGCCAGCUACAAAAAGAUUGGACGUUUUGUGGUGGAAAGCAUGGACAUAUCGCAUGGUGACGUCCGAAUUAAGGACACCGACAACGCUGGUACUUCAGACAAGGCAAAACUCUCUGCCUCUCAGAAAUUUGACUCCUCAGGCAAAUCUAUCGCGGAAAAAGCGAAGAGGGAUUCUAAAAAGAGUGGCGGAUUAUACAUCAGUCCUCAGAAGCGAAAGAACUUUUCGCGCUCACAAAGCGUCACGACGCCGAAACCAACCGUGCCAAAGCCCGAAACGAUCUCUUAUUCGAGGCAGAGCUCGUUUUCGACCAUGUCGGACGCAGAUCUGGAGAGUUGGAAAUUGAGCGCGGAUCCGUCGCAUUCCUCGAGAACGAGCCAGCAGGAGGAACCUAUACUCACCCUAGCCGGCAGUCUCACGGAUAGCUCUAACGUCACCGUGGGUUUCGACGUUAAAGAGGAGGAAAAGAAAUAGACCGCGAAUAAAUUUUUUUUUUUCGAGACACUCACGUGAUAUUAGAUCUAUUCUUACGACGUAGUGUUGUACGCUACUAGCGUUUUAGAGAAGAGAUAGUUUCUUAGUACGAAAAAAAUAGUGAGAUACAACAAGUAUUAAGUAGGACAUUUUCUUCGUAUUGUUCAUUAAGGCUGAUAAAAGUAUACCAACCAGGACCACCAAUUUAGAAAGAAUUAUAAUAGCGGAUCUUUUAAAGCCCGUUUCCUUCCAAAAUCUUAUAGUAUAUAUUGUAUAUAUAAGAUAUUAAAUCAAAUAAAAACGGAUAUAUUCUUGUUUAGCUUCAGAAAUAUCUAGAAGGGGAUUAAAAUCUGUCUCUAAAUCGCUUUGUGACUUAAAAAAUAUAUUUUAUCAAUAUAGAUAGAAUAAUUACGAUUAGUUUAAAUGAUAUAGUAAACGAGCGACUUAAAAUGUUAUUGAUCUUUUACAACAAAAAGAUCAACGACUGAUAAUAGUGCGAAAGAAAAAUUAAUCCUUUUAUUUACAUAUCAUUGCGGCGCGCUUUGAUUUUUAUUUUUAAUUCUGAUUUAAGGUACUUACAUCUACAUCAUAUAAUUUUUGUUUUUAAAGAAAAUUAAAAAUCAAAAAUUUUUAUCACUAGGACAUAGAUUAACAGAAAAUAUACAUUUUCCAGUUACUUAUCAUUUUAAGAUUCUUAGACAAAUGACAUUUCGCGCAGUAUUUUCUAGGAUCAUCGCUGUUGACUGUGAAUCGUAGUUACCGUGCGUAGAAAAUGACCUUUUUCUUAAAGAGAUUAUUGCAAAUGUACAAACGCUAUGUAGAUGAACAUAGCUAUUUUGUGUGCUUCAAUUAGGUAUAAGGGUGAUAUAUAGAUCUAAGGAAAGAAGAAGCGCAAAGAAAGAAAGUACAUCUGAUUAUAAUUAAAGACAUUUUAGAAAGAGAUGUAGAAAUGUAUAUUUUUGGGAUUUUGAUCUUCUUUUUAACUGAGAUAUAUCGGAAUAGUUCUUUCUUAAAUUGAUAGCCAGAUAUUCUUUAAGUGUACCGAAUGACGUGACUGAAAACAUGUAUACAUCCUAGGUGAUAUGUAUCAAAUGACAACGAAAGGAUAUCUCUAUUAGAGAUCUUCGUACGGUUGCAUAGUCGAAGAUAUUGCGUUCCUUACAUUACAAUAUUUUUUCCUUACAUUUUCCUAAUGCUAGUGAUAAAUAAAAAGAGAAGAGAGGAGAAUUUUAUCCGAGCCAAAGAGAAUAUCCCGAUAAAGGCAAUACAAUUACGCAUAAAGUUGCACAAAGAAAUAUUCUCUGUAUCGCGUCGUGUGGCUUCAUUUUACAAUAUAGAAAAUACUUAGUAGUUGUAAUAAUCGCAAUUUGUAAAAUAGUAAACUGCGUGGUCAUAGAUACAAAAUGUAUGUAUAUAUAUAUAUCUAUGUUACAGAUGUUUUAAUAAAACAAUCCAGGACAAAA